UAAUCUAGAUAGAUCUCACUGUUAUAAUUAGAGUAAUUAUCUAUAUUUUAAAUUUAAUAGCACUUGACAUCUACUCUUGAUCUAGAUAAAUACUCUAGUAUAUAGUGUAAGACUCUGACCAAGACCAAUCUGUAGACAGUGUAGAAAACUAGUCUGACUCUAGAUCUAGAUCUAUUAGUAGUAUACCUUAGUUUGUUAUGUGAUUAUCAGUUUGACAUCCUUGUCCUAGAAAUCUUGGUAUCUUCAACCUUAAGGCAGGAUAUUGCUAAUUUUUAAACAGCUAUGCAAAUAUCCACUUUAGCAAGCAUGGAGUGGCUUCAUCUUCUGAUGAAACAAUUGGGCUUUGAAUGGAAAUUAUAUGACUCCAAGCUCUAUAACAUCACAAUAUCAGUAUUGGCUUGUGACAAAGACAUAAAACCAACAAUAGAGAGUAUUCACAAAGAUAAUAAUGAUGAAGAAGAAAGUACAGAAAAAAAUUCUCAAAAUGCUGAUAGUUUCUUAAGUCAAAUUGUCAAUUAUUUGACAGCUACACCCCUAGUGGCAACCAAAACUGAUGUUGUGGAACCACAAGACAAUGGCUGUACAUCCAUCUUUCACUACAGUGAAGGCCAUAAUGUUUCCAUUUUCUUAAUUCUUUGGUUGUCAGUGUUGGGCAUCAUAGCAGCUACUCUGCUUUUUUAUAUAAUUCUCAAAAAAUGUCAAGAAAGUAUAACUCAGAGCAAGGAUGAUAAAACUGAUUCCACUUUUGUAAAGAAAGCUGUAGUUGAUUUUGAAAUUAGUUCUGAUGAUUUUAACACUGAAACCAAAAAAAGACCAAGUGAUAUAAAGCGUGUUCUAACAUUACAUUUAUCAAAGAUGGAUAAGGUUUUUCUUUAUCCUUCAAAACCUGUUGAUCAAAUACUUGAUGAAACUCUGUGGCGAUUUUUGAAGGAACUAGAUUUCUAUUUAUCGGUAGAAAUAUCUCCUGUGAAUGGCACUGGCUCUAGAACUAGUUUGCCGUCUCCUCAAUCUUCUUCAUCAUUAAAUUCAAUGGCAACUCCUCGUCUCUCAAGAAAAUUUCCACAGAAUCAACAGAGUCCAAAGUCACUUCCAAACAUUAUUAUUAAGAAAGUAGACGAUUUAGCUGUGCUGAGUUGGAUUAAAUUUGAAAAACAGCAGCAGCGCUUAAGUUGGAGUUAUCCCUGCUUUCGUAUGGAUGGUUUUGACUACACACAAUUGUCCAGUGUGAACAGAAACCUUUGUAUACUUCUUCAGUUCCUUCAACAAAACUGUGUAAUCAAACCCCAACAAUGGACCAUAGCUACAAUGGUUGUCAACUACUGCUUCUAUCUGCUAGAAAAUGUGCUAAAGUCUGAUACAGAAGACUCUGAGGAUUUUCUGUCAUUUACAACAUUUGAAAGCAUUGGUAGUGCUGCUGAUGGAACCAUCAUUGGAUCAGCUAACAGGUUUGAUCUGCUUAUGGUGCUUGACAUUUCCCACUGUAGUGAAAUUACAAUUUUACAUAGCAAUGUUUCUCAUGAUAUUCCUCCUGGGUAUGUAGCACUCAGUUUCAAUGACUGUGAUACCAUUCCCAAAGGUAGCACUUUUAUUAAAAGGGCUUUCAUUGAAAAUCAGUUUGGGAUGUACCUUGUGCCAGAAGGCUUUAAGGAUACUGCAGAGAUGUUGCUGACAAGAUCUGUUCAAAAGCUGAACAGAAACUUUAAAAAUAAGUUGGAUAGCCUCCCUUUCAGCUUUUAUUUAUCUUCUGAUAAAAGGUUUACUCUGAAGAUUGACACUAGACUUCUAAGUAGUUUAGGUCUAGGUGUGGAAAAUAUUAAUGUAAAUAUAAUUCCUGCUUUGAAAAUAUCUCUACCAGAGUUUUCACUUUUUUCAACAAUUUAUGCCGUUCCUCCAUGGAAAGAUUCUAAUCAACCAGACAAGUUGACCAAAACUCUGCCAAAAACUACUUUGAGUCGAGUGUUUAGAGGUGCCAGCAAUGAAGAUUUGCUUUGGUCUCUGUGUACAGAAAAGUUGAAGAUGAGUGUUGUCGAAUAUUUUGAUGAAAGGCUUCAUUUGUCUGGGGUGGAAGGAUACCAUAGAGAAUGUGUGAUGAUUCUCAAAGCCCUAUUUUCCUACACACAUAAAAAUAAACUUUUAAAUAAAGGUGAAGUAGAUUCUUUAGUGCUAAGCACUAUCAUCCACUUCCUGCUUCAGGAAAGUAAUCCUUCUUCCUGGACAUUGUCUAGCCUGCCAGAUAGACUAUCUGAUGCAGUGCAUUUCUUACGCUCAGCUUACAAGAAUAAUUUUUUACCCAACUUUUUGAUACAUAAUCCUCAUCUUGUAACUCAAUGCCAGUUCCUGGAAGUUCUUAGUCCACUUCUGUCAGGUAAGCAGCAAAACUUACUUGCGCACAUCUGCAAUGAGGAUGCUCUAAAGGUGUUGGAAUUUGUUGACUCAAGACUUCAAGAAACUGGACUGUCCCAGUGUAUGAAGGAUGAAUUUUCAUCCCAAAUGUGGGAAUAUGAAUUUUUUAUUUUUGGUUAAUAAAUGCUAAUGUGAUUCUUAUAUGAUUCUUAGAAAUUUAAAAAGAAAGGGAUUUCUUAAAUCUUUGUUUAGAAAAUAAUAAGAUAUUAUCUAUAAUUUCAAAAAUAUAAAUUGUAAUGUGAUGUGACUGUUAUUUAUUUCUACAUUCUUUGUUCUUAAAAAUAGUCAUGGUUACCUGUAUUGAUGUAUAGCAAUAUAAUGCCAAAACUCCAGAUAUAAAAGUAUUUAUUUUUUAAAUAAUUCUUUUAGAACUCUGUACUAAAACAUUCUACACUGUAUUUAUGGCUUCACUAAUUUUACUAGGUGUGUGAUGAUUUUAAGGGAGAAUCAAUAUAAAAAGUAUUAAAAUUGACAUUAUUUUAUUAGAUUAGUUAUUUGAAAAUCAAAGUUUUUAAUAACUCCAGGCAGGCAGGCAUACACAUGCAGUUACAAUUAAUAAAUUAUAAACAUGUAGUAAAUUAGUUCUCUCAUUUAUAGAAGUAAUUAUAAUCAUACUUCAAAUUGUUUUGUUUGUGGUUACUAUUCUUAUAAACAAGACAUGGCUCAAAAUUAGUUGUCAGUGAAUGGUUUUGGUAAUUGUACUUGCAUACUUUGGACUCAUGCACUGAUCUUGUACUUUAUGCCUCAAUACAUUAUUAUGUGUUAUACAGGAGAUAUCAAUAGCUUAACUAUAUAAAUAAAUACCCUUGAUGAUGUACGCAUCUUUUAUUUGCAUAAUUUUUAAGCUUAUCGAACAGUUAAUAAAUCAGUACUCCAAUAGUUAUUUGAACUUUUUGUUUACAAACAAAUUAAUAUUCAAGACUUUUUUUUUU